AUGAUACAUUUUGAGUUUGAUAUCGCCUUAAGCGCACCUGGCAGCAGCAUUGCAACUUGUGCCACCAUCGGCCCAAGGUCUUUUCAAGUUGUUGCUGCUGGUGAUGAUGCUAAAAACAUCAGACUCUGGAAAAUUACAAGAAAAGAGUCCCUCUUAAAUCUUCAAGGGCAUUCUUCUGAUAUAACAACUGUAGCUUUUUCGCCAAACGAAGAAGAAGUCUAUUCUGGAUCAUUCGGCGGCACAGUAAUCAUAUGAGAUUUAAAAUCCCAACGGCCUAUCAGCAGCUUAAAAGGCCACAUGUCAUCAUGCACAACAAUUGCUCCAUUUCCAGCAGGCCAACAAAAUUACCUCGCAACUGGAUCUACAGACUGCAAUGUAAAGAUAUGGGACUUAAGGAAAAAAGCUUGCGUGCAAACCUUCAAAGGUCACAGAGGGCCAGUAAAUGUAGUCGAAUUCAGCCCGGAUGGAAACUUUUUAGCAUCAGGAGGAGUUGAUGGGAACAUAAAAUUGUGGGAUUUAAAUACAUCGAGGAAAAUAUUUGAGUUCUCUAUAAGCAAUUCACCAAUCACAUGCAUGAGCUUCAAUCCUCAACAUUUAACUAUAGCUUCUGGCCAUCAAGAUAGAGUAGUCCAAUACUGGGAUAUGGAAAACUUCGGUCACAUUUCUUCAACUGCGCCAGAUUCUUUGCCUAUUCAAAGAAUUUGCUUUGAUGAUGAUGGGACUGUUUUAUUUUCAGCCACAAAUGACUCUUUGAAGUCAUGGGAUAUUGAGCAUGGAGACUUGUCAGGAGUUUAUGAAACAACAUGAAGAGGAGUGGAAGACUUAAAAGUCAACUCAAAAGAUGGGAUGAUUGUGGGCUUGUCAAUUAAUGGGACUUCGUUCGCAUAUUGGACUCAAGACUUAAAUGCAAAUACAGCUGCUGCUAGAAUAGAGAGAGAUUAGUUUAUGAGAUUACAGAGGGGUUUUAUUGGGCCCCUUUCCAGUCGAGCUUCAGCAUCGUGCUCACGUUGCGCUAAGCACUAAAGCCACCUGACGCCUUUGCUCCUUUUCGGACUACCAAAAAUGUUUACGUCAGUCUGCAGAGGAGACUCACCGAAACCUACUUGGACCAAAAAUUUCAGCAUAGGACUCUCUUAAACCCUGAUAGUGCUCAAGGUAUAAGGGAGGCGUCCGUUCUCCUUCUGAAACCACCUCUGCCAUUUAUAGGCAGCACAAUGCUCCUCCAGAAAUGUCCGAUUUUAGCUACACCAUCGGUCCUCUUGUCUGCGGGUUGAGAGAAAGCCCAGCAGCCAGCCCAAGUCUUCACCCUACCCUGGAAAAGUUGCCACCUGCGACUAAGUGGCCUUCCGGCCGCUUUAAUUUUUCUAAACGUCCAAAGUUUUGGGAUAUUUUUUUCCUAUCGCUACUAAGUCAUCGUGCAGCCAUAAUUACAAAAAUUGCUAGAAUAGAAGAACAAAAAGUAGUUCCAAAUAUCCCAAAAGCCAAGAAAAAGUCCAAGUCUGACAUGAUGACAAGCUUUGUAGCAGCAAAUUCUGAAGAGCCAGUUGGGCUUGAUGUAAAUGAUUUUAUGCCAAGAAACGCUCUUCCAGUAGAAAAUACUGAAGAAAUCAUAAACGAAAUCUAUAAAAACCAUAGCAGUAUCCUUUCUGUCAUCAAAAGGCGAACUGAAAACGCUUCACUAGUAGUAAGCUAUUGAGCAAGAGGAGACGUUAACGCUACAAUAAGCGCAUUAAAUAUGAUGAAUGAUAUAUCAGUAACUGCUGACGUGCUAAAAUACAGCCUCGUUGAUAGUAAAGCUGAAGGGCUAAAUUUAGAGCACUGCGCAUUAAUAGUAAACCUGGCUAAAGGGCUUAUUGACUCAAAAUACGAAUCUUAUAUAAGGACUGGAAUUAAUGUUGCUUCUUUAAUGCUAAAACAGUUUAGAGAUAUCGUCACAUCUACUUUGGUAGCGCCAGUAAUGGGAGGGGUGGAUCUGAGCCGAGAAGAAAGAAUGAGAAAAUGCGAAAACUGCCUAAUUGCGUUCACUUCUAUAUAUGACUCUCCAAGCUUAGCUAAAAAUGCAAACAGAGAAAAUCAAGUUGGAGCACUUGCGAAGGAGCUACAGAAGAGCUUGGAAACAUUUAUUUGGGAAACCAAAAGAUAG